GAGAUCUUGAUGACGGUCAGAAGCAGGGGCUUGCCAUUUGCCAGCGACGUUCCAUGACUGAUGUCGACAGAAACAUUUAUGCGACUGCCAGCCGCAAGUUCUCGGUCUGCAGGUGGCUAUGGAAUGGAGAUGGGCCUCGACAGCGCCUCUUCAGCAACUGCGCCGUAGGCGUCUUUGUCCUACAGUGCACAUGGCGGAUGGGCAUUCCCGCCUACCCACCCCUACACUGUUUCCUCCGCCAUGUCUGCCUCUUUGUGGCUUUCUGUCUCGCUCAGCUCGUCGAGGCACUUCGCGACAAUGAUCCUACACCCAGUGUGUUCCAGAUCGCCAAAGCCGUUUGUUCGGCUCCCGGCAUAUGAAGGCCAGCCCUCUCCGCGGGACCAAAAGCCCCUGCUAUAUCCAUCAACCUGUCCCAUCCUGCUUGUUUCCUUGUUCAUUUUCCUGCUGGCUUCCUGCUCGCCUUAACCGCAAGAGAUGACCCAUAGCUCAGCCUAGACAAUAUGGUCGGCGUUGCGACAUUCCCUAUAUCGGGCACGGCCGAUCUGUCGAGGGUCGAAGCCCCCGUAACUCUCAAAGCCUACCUGCUGUGUGCCUUUGCCGCCUUUGGCGGGAUAUGUAAGUCCAAGUCCACGUUGAUCUCUAUGUCGUGGUUGACA